AUGCCCAGGAGACCUCAUCGCUCCUCACCGAGCCUGCAAACCUUUCUUCUGCAUCUUGAACUAAUAGAUCCAGAUCCAAAUAACUAUUUUCGAAACGAAAUUGAAGAGUCACUGUUGGACACAUUCGUCACGUUCCAGGAGUUCAUGAUAGAGGACAACGAGCUGGUGAACAAGGAGCAGCUGCCGGUGGACUACUCGGCCGACUACUGGGAGAAGCGCUACGGCGUGCAGCGCGAGCGGGUGCCGCGCUUCCUCGACAAGUACUGCGACAUCGUGCUCCGCACCGGGAAGUACUUGAACGUCAUCAGCCAGUGUGGUAACGCAAUAAUGAAGACCAACGUAGAAGAAAUAAAGUACUCUCUAAUAGAACAGAACUACAGCGGCGUUAUCCAAAAAGCGUUCGCGUUCGCCAGCAAGAGUCUGCUGGAACUGCUGCUCAAGGAGUACGACCUCAUGGGCCGCCUGAAGACGGUGAAGAACUACUUCUUCAUGUGUCAGGGGGACUUUAUUGUGCAGUUCAUGGACGCCACCGAGCAAGAGCUGUCGAAGAAGAUUGAUGACAUCAUUCCGUCCAAGUUGGAGUCCUUAUUAGGGCUUUGUUUAAGGCUUUCGGCGGCCUGCCACGACCCCUACAACGAAGAUAUGCGGGUAGAGUUGCUCCCUUAUGACCUUCAGUUCCAAAUGUUCAAGAUUCUCUACAUAGAGACGGAAGACGAGAAAGGUACGGAAUGACUGCUAUUUUUAUAUCCCACUAGAUCCUGCCCGCGACUUCUGCGAAUAUAAAUUUAAUGUUAAAAUCUUAUAUAAGUAACCAUU